AUGACCAAAGAACCCGAGCCGUCCGACUCCGUAUCCCUGCAGGCCUCUGGCUACACCGAAAAGGGCGUCACCGCCCACGUGGAGAAUGAGAAGCUAGUGAAGCGGUACAGCCCGCUCUCCGUCAUCGCCUUUGCCUUCACCACCACCAACUCGUGGGUGGCCUUCGGGUCCGGGCUGGCCGUGCCCCUGGCCUGCGGCGGCGGCCCGGGCCUGAUAUACGGGCUCGUCGCCGCCGGCGUCGUCAUGGCCGUCAUUGGCGUCGGCUUCGCGGAGCUGGCGUCUGCGUUCCCCUCCGCCGGUGGGCAGUACCACAUCGUCUACAUGGUCUUCCCGCCGCGGGUCCGGCGCGUCGUCGCCUUCGUCACCGCCUGGCUGACCAUCAUCUACAUCAUGGCCGCGCUGGCCUCGUGCAACUUCUUCGUCGCGAGCUCCAUCCUCGACUUGGUCAGUCUGUGGCACCCGGGCUACAAGGCCCAAGCAUGGCAGACGUACCUGCUGCACAUCUUGCUGUGCAUCGUCGGGUUCGUGGCCACCUCCCUGUACCCGUCGGCCAUCGGUCGCCUUGGCAUUACCGUGUUCUGGCUCUCACUGGCCGGGUUUGUGGCGUCUCUGGCCACCAUCCUCGCGGUCAGCGAGAAGAAGCAGCCCGGAUCGGUCGUCUUCGCCGACUACGAAAACGCCAGCGGCUGGUCCGACGGCUGGGCCUUCUUCAUGGCCAUCACGGGCUGCCUGUGGGCUUACAGCGGCGUCGACGGCCCCACGCAUCUGGCCGAGGAGGUGCACAACCCGAGUCGCAACGUCCCGAACGCCAUAUUCCUGACCAUUGGCCUGGGCAUCAUCACGGUGCUGGCGUGGAACAUUGCCCUCAUGUUUGUCGUCGUCGACGUCGGUGCCAUCAUCGAGUCCACCGUGCCUAUCUUGGAAGUCUACAACCAGGCCCUGAACUCGCGCGUCGCGACGACUAUCUGGACCGUCUACUACAUCAUCAUGUUUUACGAAAUCGUCCUCAACCUCUUCAUCUUCGGCGGCCGCACCGUGUGGUCCCUAUCGCGCGACGGGGGUGUGCCAUUCUCCAAAUAUUUCUUGCAUCUCAACCAUGCGAGCCCUAUCCGAGCGACGGCCGUCAUCCUGGCCUUGGAAAUUGUCGUCGGCGUCCUCUACGUGGCCUCGACAACAGCAUACACGAGCUUCAUCAACCUCACGUUGUUUGCGCUCAACAUCACCGUCGUCGUGCCGCAGGCUGUGCUGCUCUUCCGCGGACGUGCCUGCUUGCCCGAGAGAGCCUUUUCGCUUGGCAAGCUCGGAUAUCCCGUCAACGCCCUGGCGACUCUUUUCCUGGUCUUCACUUCCGUGACGCUGUGCUUUCCGUCAUUUGCCCACCCGACCCCAUCUUCGAUGAAUUAUCUCAUCGUGGUAGCCGCGGUCGGCGUCGCUCUGAUCUCGGCAUUUUGGUGGGGUGGACUAAGAGUGCGGUUUACUGGCCCUUCAGUGCAUAUUAGUAGAGGGCCCGUGGAGAUUGAUACUUAA